AUGGCGCCUCAAAUGGCACCAGAUAUGAAACCUAUGCGGAAAGGCACUCGUUCUUGCCGUGAGUGUCGUCGCCGUAAAAUCAAGUGCAACUGGUCAUCACCCACUGCUCCCAUCUGCAAUGAGUGCACCAAGCAUGACAGAACCUGUCACGCUCAAGGGUACAUCGUGGACCGAGCGCGGGUUGAGAAGCCGGACACGCUGCUCAAGAUUAAAGUCAAUCGAAUCGAGUCUAUUGUUGAGCGUCUGGCCAAGAUGCAGCAUGAACAGAGCGUGGUGGCUCCAAGGGACGAAAACGGUUGUUCGUUCGAGCGGGUACAGAAAAACAUCAUUGACGGUGCGGAACUCGAAGAGCAUGCCAAAAAGGCCAGUCCGCUUUUUGGCCUCUUCAACAAUGAAGUGAUUAAGCAAAAGGAUGGAAACCCUGCUCCUCACCUUGAUACGACCUCAACUAUCAGCUUUAGGCAAGGCGAUAUCAGCGACCUUGACAAACUUAAAUCAACAAUUGCACAGGACCCCGACAUUCUAGAUGUACUUGAUGCUGCGCAGGAAUGGUGGAUCUCGUGGCGCGACCAACAAUGGGUCAUUCGCGAGAGCGGUGUUGACCCCACCGUGAGGUCUUUCGUUCAGAGUCGCCUGGACUCAGACGACCCUGUGGUGUAUGCAACCGGACUGAUGUGCAUUGCGAUGUCCCUACAUCGCAUUCGACCUGGGAUGGAUGACGUCAACCUGAAUUUAUCGGUGUCUGCGAGGGCACUUUUUGAUCGGAUAGUUACUGCUAUUGACCAGGUGGUACUUACCCGACAGCCACAGGGCAGUGCGAGCAUCCUACUGGCGUUGCAGAGAGCCAAAACACACGCCGAGGGCGAUCAAUUGCGCAAAUCGUGGCUCCGUAUUAGACACGCCAUUCUGCUCACGCAGCAUCUCGACUUUGCGAACGACCUUGAGGUUGGCCAAGACGAACUUAUGUACCGGCAGCGCUGGGUAGGCGGUGUCUACGAGAUGGACCAUUUCAUGAGCCUGGUGCUCGGAUUUCCGCACGCCCGAGACAAGAAUUUUACGGAUCGUCUGGCCAAAUUGACGUUGAUGAGAGGCGACGGUGACGUGACUGUGAAGAUGCGAGCACUCAGAAGAAUCACCGCUGUUGUCGCUGGCCGCGUCAACGAGCGCAACGCGAACGCCGACGGGAAGAUUGACAAAGCCCUCACAUGCUCUAUCCAGGAGGACAUGAUGCGAUUUGGCGCUAUGAUGCCACAGUCUUGGUGGGAUGUCGAAGCACAUGUGGUGAGCAACGAUGCUCAAUCAGCCCAUGAGCAUGUGAUGGCUCAGAUGUGGUAUUGGCAGAUCCAGUCAUUCCUCCAUCUACCCCAUAUGCUGGAAACAGACGAUCCAGAGCACCACCAAAGUCGAGUACUCUGUCUUCAGGCCUGCCGCCAUAUGCUGAGGGUGUUCUGUGUGCUACGAGGGACGCCCGCCUUGUCGGUCUACGUAUGCAGCUGCGAGGACUUCCAGGGCGUCAUUACGUCGGCGAUCUUACUCAUCGGUGUUCUCUUAGGCAUCUCCGAAGAGAUAUACCCAAGCGUCGAGAGCCUUGAAGAAGACUUCGCAAUACUUGAAGAGGUCAAAGAUAUUUUUCGAUACCGGGCAACUAUGCAGGGAGGCUCGAUCAGCAGACAAGGCCUAAAGGUGGUCGAGACGUUAGAGUCUUUUCUCAUGGAAGGCUCUGGAGGCGCAAACGAUGAUAGAAGCCGAUCUAUCAUUCUACCAUAUUUUGGGCUCAUCCGCAUCGAAUCACAAGUGCCUCCUAUGCACGCAGCCCGUCAGCAAAUGGAGCAGCUGGAUCUCACUGCACUCGAGGAGUACAGCACCCAACCUGGUUCAUUAUCAGCAAACUACUUGCAUGACGAUUCUUCAGCUAUCAACUCCUACUGGAACACAUCGGUGGAACACGAGAGUCCUCUGUUCAACAGCUCCUCUGGGCAUCCGUCCAAUGGAUCUCUUUCGACUAAUGGAGCAUCUGACGAGGUCUUUGAUAAGCCUCUGCCAGCGGACAAGACAUAUGCUGACUUCAACCCGCCGAUUGCGAAUGUCGAAAAUUUGGAGAGCUGGGAUCAGUUCUUGUAUGGAGAUGAAUUGGCACAGGACUGGGACAUCCCAGGAUGGGAGUCGACGUUCAAUGACUGGAACGAGGAUCUGUUGAGCCAUGCCCCAAUGCCGCGGCAGUGA